UUACAACACGGUGCAAGUUCAGCCGCGUUUCAUUCGACCGUCCAUGUAGGCCGUCCUGUCUCAUGUUGUUGCUGCGGCAUUGACAGAUCGCUACGGCUGGCGUCACGCGACCAUGAUCAGCACUGCCAUUAUCGAUGCUGCUGGAUACGCUAUCCUGUUCGCAAUAAGCAGUCGCAGCACAAGGUACUCUAUUUGCUUUUGGCUGAUUUGUACUAUCCUUUCGUCGGUAGCAAUAUCAGCACGCUCACAAGCAAUCCUACCGGUGCAAUCAAGUUAGGGUUCCCGUCUGGCAUGCAACCUUCCAUGUGAGAUGCGCUCAUUACCGUCU